AUGGCAAGCCGAGGUUUCACUACCUUUCAGCUCACUGCCUCCCUCCUCGUGGCACUUCUUGCCACAUGCCACGCAGGCAGCAUCGCCAUCUACUGGGGCCAGAAUGACGGUGAGGCGUCGCUUGCGAAAACAUGUGCAUCUGGAAACUACGAGUUCGUCAUUCUUGCUUUCCUCCCCAAGUUCGGCAAGGGACAGACACCGCAGCUGGACUUUGCAAGCCACUGUGACCCAUCAUCUGGUGGCUGCAGAAGCCAGAGCAAGGACAUCACCUCAUGCCAGAACCGUGGCGUGAAGGUUCUUCUUUCCAUCGGCGGCGCGGAUGGAAGCUACGGCCUCUCCUCCCCCGGUGACGCCAGCCAGGUUGCCAUGUACCUAUGGAACAACUUCUUGGGCGGCACAUCCUCGUCCCGCCCCCUUGGCGAUGCCAUACUCGAUGGCAUCGACUUUGACAUCGAGAUCGGCGGUGCUAAAUUCUGGAACAACCUUGCUACGGACCUCAAGAAAUUGGGUAAGAACGGUGGGAAGACAGUCCUGCUGAGCGCGGCACCGCAAUGCCCCUUCCCUGAUGAAUGGGACGGCGGCGCAAUCAGCACUGGAUUGUUUGAUUAUGUCUGGGUGCAGUUCUACAACAACCAGGAGUGUCAGUUCGACGCGGGGCGUGCUGCCUUCAUGGAUGCGUGGAAUAAGUGGGUGUCGGUGCCAGCAGGUAAGAUCUUUUUGGGACUGCCAGCUUCUAGCUCCAAAGACGCGGCGGGCACGGGAUUCAUCCCUGCCGAUGAGCUCACGUCACGUGUGUUGCCGCUCAUCAAGGGCUCGCCCAAGUACGGUGGCGUCAUGUUGUGGUCUAAGUACUACGACGAUCGUAGUGGAUACAGCUCUGCCAUCAAGAGCUACGUGUGA